AUGGGACUGAGAGGCCCGCUGGAAUCCAGAGGAGUGUCUUUGAGUAAAAGCCCAGGAACUGAACGAGAACUAGUCUGGCUGGAUUCAGGAGGCAUAGUUGGGAAAAGGGACCCUGACUUGGAGAGCUGGUUGCCCUGGAGGCGUGGGACUCUAGGAGCGCAGUCCGGGUUCUGCACUCUAGUACUUGUCGUGGACGCACUAAGCACCUGCCCAGAGCGUGGGGGCGCAGUAGCCUGCGAACUGCACCCGGAGGAGUGGGGGUGGGGUCGCGCGGUGUCAGCUUUGCUGAAUGUGUACGCCAGGGGGAGGGUGAAGCGUGGCGGGAGGGCGAGGCGAAAGAAGGAGGGCGUGAGAAAGGAGGCGGCGGCCCGCGGAGGAGGGUUAUCUAUACAUUUUAAAAGGAGCCGCCUGAGCGGUGCACAAGGAGACCAGGGGAGGUCUGACCGCACGCGCGGGACACGAGCGUACCACGCUUCCCUACUUUCAGUCCUUGUUCGACACGGGGUCCCAGGACUCCAGAAGGCCAGCGACGCGUGCCCCAGGAAAUCCUGCAGCAGUGCCCUGCCUGAGACCAGCGGAGGUGAGACAGUUUGCUUCCCACCGUACUCGGUUCCUCGCGGGCACUUUUCCUGUAGCGCUCCGAAACUCCUAGCAGGCGCCCGAGGGCUGGAUGCGAGCUUGAUGGACGGCUGCGCGCUGCCCCGACUCAUGCCCGCCUCGCCUGGAGUCGCUGGAACCUGCGCUGCUCGGCGGAGACCCGCAUCCCCGGAACUGCUACGCUGCAGCCGCCGCCGGCGAUCUGGCGCAACUGAGGCUGGGGGCGGCUCGGCGGCAGUGGCACGCCGCAAUGAGCGCGAACGCAACCGCGUGAAGCUGGUAAACUUGGGCUUUCAGGCGCUGCGGCAGCACGUGCCGCACGGCGGCGCCAGCAAGAAGCUGAGUAAGGUGGAGACGCUGCGCUCCGCCGUAGAAUACAUUCGUGCGCUGCAGCGGCUGCUUGCAGAGCACGACGCGGUGCGCGCCGCGCUUGCCGGAGGGCUGCUAACACCGGCCACUCGGCCCUCGGCCGCCCGUGCACCUCCUGCUGCCUCCCCUCCCAGUGCGUCGCUGUCCUGCGCGUCUUCAUCCCCAGACCGCCGGGGCAGCUCGGAGCCUGGUUCCCCGCGCUCCGCCUACUCGUCGGAGGACAGUGGCUGCGAGGGAGAGCUGAGUCCCGUGGAGCGCGAGCUGCUUGACUUUUCCAGCUGGUUAGGGGGCUACUGA